AUGACAUCGACACUUCUCAUGGUGACGUCGCACGAGUGCGAUGGGAAGAACAUCGGCCAUUGCAAGGUGUACAAGCCCUACAAAGAGAGGCGGCGACAACAGGCAAAGUGCGGACCGUGGGUGAUCGGGAGCGACCAAAUCCGACUUCCAAAGAUCUACUUGGAGGCCGGGUCGGCCUGCGAGCUCGCUGUCUCUUAG